AAAUUUAGAAUUUGGAAUCUGAGGCUCCGAGCACUGGCCGUGUUUUGACAUUUCUUUGUAGCACAUAACCUAAACGGGUUGAAGUGUGAUUUGGUGGGAAUAUUUUGAUAAUUUAAAAAGCAUCAAACAUGAAAGAAACUCCGUUGUCCAAUUGUGAAAAAGCAUUUGUAGUCCAAGCGAUUAAAGAAAGAUUGCGCUUAGAUGGCCGCAAACUUGAAGAAUUCCGUCCUUUGAAGAUCAACUUCGGGGCAGAAUGGGGGAGCGCCCAUGUUACACUGGGGGAGACUCGAGUCUUAGCCCAAGUUUCUUGCGAAUUAGGCCAACCCAAAGCGACCCGACCCAAUGAAGGCUUGCUUUACAUCAAUGUGGAACUCAGUCCGAUGGCUGCUCUCCACUUCGAAGCGGGAAGAAACUCUGAGCUUACAGUGCAGAUCAACCGAAUCCUGGAGCGAACAUUCAAAGAUUCACGAUGCGUUGAUUUGGAAUCACUUUGCGUAUCCGCGGAGGAUAAAGUUUGGAUCCUGAGGGUGGAUUUGAAUGUGCUGAAUCAUGAAGGCAACAUUAUAGAUUGUGCAUCUGUUGCUGCUCUAUGUGCUCUGGCGCAUUUUAAACACCCGGACGUAACCGUUACAGGCGAGGAGAUCAAAAUUCACACUUCAGCUGAGAAGGAUCCCAUCCCAAUAGUUUUACAUCACUACCCUGUUUGCGUGUCAUACGCUACAUUUCAAAAUGGAGAAGUCGCUAUUGCCGACCCAACUGUCAUAGAGGAACGUUCAUCCGAAGCUAACAUGGUGUUCGGCAUAAAUUCCUACCGUGAGUUAUGCUGUUUGAAUUUAGGAGGCACAACCUUAACAAGUUCAAAUCUACUGCUCCAAUGUUCGAGCCGGGCUGCAAACCGUGCAAAACAAGUCGUUGAUCAAAUUAAAGCUGCUCUUGCUACUGAUGCGGAAGCCAGGAGCGCCGAUCAGUCCGUCGGUUUCACAGAAUGCUUGAAGAUGAACACAAUAAAUUCAUUGGCACAAGAUCGUCUUAGUCUAAGGCUCCGGCGGUUCAAUUUCACUCUGGAUGAUGACUUCCGGAAUAUGUCCAGUAAUUCGGCUGGUGCACCAGACAUCAAAGCAGAAGGAGAUGAUUCCCUUCCGGAUGCAACGAGAAUCGACGAGAAUACGGGACUGCUCAAUUCGAAUCAAAGCAAUGUCCGCUGGGUGCCAGAGGAUUCAAGUGAUAGUGAUGAGGAUGAACAUAUAUUUGAAAAAGGUGAUGAAAGCGGCGGUGCGGAUAGCGAUGACAAGGAUUUAGAGGAAGAACUUGAGAAUGUCGCUGAAGAAAUGGCGUAUAAGCGACAAAGCCAGCCGAUUAGUAAAGGAGGUAGUCAGCAACCCGUCAAAAGAAAUAUAGAUAACUCCAGCGACAGUGAAGAAGAAACAACAAUGGUCUUAGGAUGAGAUCAAUUGCUACCGUUCCAUCAAUAUUUGAUUUGGUUAUAUGUUGUAUGCUAUUGUGAAAAAUUUGGAGAUUACUGAAUUUGCUACAGAUUUACUUGAUAUUCCUAGAUCAUGACCAAUGGACUGCGUGAAGAAACGGAAUAAAAGUUCACAAUGUACAAAUGUAUACUGUCGUUGUAAAUAUUUUACAUAAAUUAUAUUUAAAAAGUUAAAAUUA